GACGCUCGGGUGACUUACUGGGACGAGUUCUGCACGACGCUGUAUGAUGCAACGUCCGAGUUGAGGAAGCCGCUGGUGCACGUUGGGGUGAUAAGGCGGCGGCGUGUUGGAGGCGAUGUCCUUGGAGGUGACCAGGGCCACCGCAGGGAUGGUGCUAGCAGAGCUGUAUGUCUCCGACCGGGAGGGAAGUGAUGCUACCGGUGAUGGAACCAAGGAGAAACCUUUUAAAACAGGUCUUAAGGCUCUGAUGACCGUUGGAAAGGAACCCUUUCCUACCAUUUACGUAGAUUCACAAAAAGAAAACGAGCGGUGGGAUGUUAUUUCUAAAUCACAGAUGAAGAACAUUAGAAAAAUGUGGCACAGGGAACAGAUGAAGAGUGAAUCCCGGGAAAAGAAAGAGGCAGAAGACAAUUUGCGAAGAGAAAAGAACCUGGAAGAAGCGAAGAAGAUCACCAUAAAGAAUGAUGCAAGUCUCCCAGAGCCAAAAUGUGUGAAGAUUCGUGCACUGCAAGGAUAUCGAGGCCAAAGAGUAAAGGUGUUCGGCUGGGUCCACAGGCUGCGUAGGCAAGGAAAGAAUUUAAUGUUUCUGGUGUUGCGGGAUGGUACGGGUUACCUUCAGUGUGUCUUGUCAGACGAUUUGUGUCAGUGUUACAAUGGAGUCCUCUUGUCCACUGAGAGCAGUGUUGCAGUGUACGGAAUGCUGAACCUUACCCCAAAGGGCAAGCAGGCUCCAGGGGGCCACGAGCUGAGCUGUGACUUCUGGGAGCUGAUCGGGUUGGCCCCCGCAGGAGGGGCCGAUAACCUGAUCAACGAGGAGUCUGACGUUGACGUCCAGCUCAACAACAGACACAUGAUGAUCCGGGGGGAGAACAUGUCCAAAAUCCUAAAAGCACGUUCCAUGGUCACCAGGUGCUUCAGAGAUCACUUCUUCGAGAGGGGGUACUAUGAAAUUACUCCUCCGACCUUAGUGCAAACACAGGUGGAAGGUGGGGCCACCCUCUUCAAGCUGGACUACUUCGGGGAGGAGGCCUAUUUGACUCAGUCCUCUCAGCUGUACCUGGAGACCUGCGUGCCAGCAUUGGGAGAUGUGUUCUGUAUCGCGCAGUCGUACAGGGCGGAACAAUCCAGAACACGAAGGCACCUGGCUGAAUACACUCACGUGGAGGCUGAGUGCCCUUUCCUGACCUUCGAGGAGCUCCUGGACCGACUGGAGGACUUGGUUUGUGAUGUGGUAGACAGAGUCCUGAAGUCACCUGCAGCAAGCAUCGUGCGUGACCUCAACCCGAAGUUCAAGCCCCCUAAACGGCCUUUCAAACGGAUGAACUAUUCAGAUGCUAUUGAGUGGCUAAAGGAACACAAUGUGAAGAAAGAAGAUGGAACUUUCUAUGAAUUUGGAGAGGAUAUCCCGGAAGCCCCUGAGAGACUGAUGACGGACACCAUUAAUGAGCCCAUCUUGCUGUGUCGAUUUCCCGUGGAGAUCAAGUCCUUCUACAUGCAGCGCUGCCCCGAGGAUCCGCGCCUCACCGAGUCGGUCGAUGUGUUGAUGCCCAAUGUUGGUGAGAUUGUGGGAGGCUCAAUGCGUAUCUGGGAUAACGAAGAAAUACUGGCAGGUUAUAAAAGAGAAGGAAUUGACCCCACUCCCUAUUACUGGUACACAGAUCAGAGAAAAUUUGGCACAUGUCCACAUGGAGGCUAUGGCUUGGGGUUGGAACGAUUCUUAACCUGGAUUCUGGAUAGAUAUCACAUCCGAGAUGUGUGCUUAUACCCUCGGUUUGUUCAGCGCUGCAAGCCUUGACCAAGUCCCCCUGAAGCAUUAAUGAAAGAACACAGUUCACGGGAGGAACAGACUGCCUCUUAAAAAAAAAAAAAGCAAAAAAAUCUGCCCUUUUUUAUUCCACUUGGGUAUAUCUGUUUGUUUUCUCUUUUUGUUUUCUAUCCCUGCUACCAUGAAAAGCAACCCAAAUUGUCUAAAUAUCAAGUGACACUGCUGUCGUCAUUUUAAGAAAAAAAUAGCCAGUACAAAGUUUAGGGGAAAUAUGCAUCCUGUCACUCGGCAGUUCUGAAUACAUUUCAGCAUUUCAUCUAAUUUCAGGUUCUAAUCGUUGCAUAUAUACCACAUCUAUAAUGAAACCAUUUUAAAUAUGGUCUGAGACAUUCCAGUAACUUAAUCUUUCUGUCCUUUUAAGUGUAACUGGAAUUCUUUAAUUUAUAUCACUUUAGUGUAUCAGUGAGUUAAAGCAAACACCUUGGGGGGACAUUGACAGUAUGCUGUAAAAAAUCUGCUGGUAUUAGAAAGAGCACAAGUCAGCAGUAGAUACUGGAAUGAAUCAAGUGAAGACAGUUAAUUUUUUCUAAAUCUGUAUAGCUGCUUAUAAUUCCAAGGUAUCCAAAUUGAUAGGGAAGGAAUUGUAGAAAUGGAACAACAAUUUGAAGUAAGAGCAAGUUUUUUGUUUUUGUUUUUCUGGCAUGUCAGUGAACAGCAUUCUUCCUAGCAUUAGUUUAAGCUAAAGAAGCCAAGUAAUGUCACUCUUCCCUAAGUAAUGAAGAAUAAAUAAGUUCCAAAAGUCUUUGCGGCUGGAAUCUUAAUGAUAACCGUAAGUGGCUGUUGGAGUCAUCCCACACAGUAUCUUCAGAUCUAAUCUGUGCUACCUUAUGAACUCUCAGGCUCACUGGAUGGCUUCAUUUCAGUUCUGGUUACUUUCUCCCCCAAAAUGCAUGUCGUGCAUUCUCAAUAGGCUGUAUUCCCAGCAAUCAAUAAAUGGACACGUGAAAACUC